CACUCUGAAAUCUCUUGUAUUCUCCCUCGUCCAGAAGUUUUGAAGAGAAGAAUCCCAAUUCCCAAACACAAACCCUAAUUCCCAAAUUUCAUCACCAUUCACCACAACAAUCAUCCCUAUCAAUCUCAGCCACUGUAUCAAACCCGAAUCGGCGGCGAACUCUUCACUCUCUCAGUGCUUGUGUAUGUGACUAGGUUUGUCAGAAGAGAAUGAAGCAAUCAAAGGAUCCAUUCGAAGCUGCAUUUGUGGAAUCACCACCUGAAUCCCCUGUUGAAAUCGAGGCCGAGCCAGACGGCGAGGCACAAAACCCUGCAUCUAGUUCUGGGGUUGCACAAGCCACUCAAGCCCAGGAAGACGGGAAAAAGCUGAGUAAAACAGGCACCGGCACAAGUGGUAGUGGUGGUGGUGGCAAGAAUAAAGAUGACGAGGAGGAAGAGGAGGAGGACAACAUGGAUGUUGAGCUUACCAAGCUCCAGCCCACUGGUGACCCCCAAAAAAUGGCCAAGAUGCAGGCUAUUUUGUCACAAUUCACUGAAGAACAGAUGAGCAGAUAUGAGUCUUUUAGAAGGGCUGGAUUCCAGAAAGCUAACAUGAAAAGGUUAUUAGCAAGCAUCACUGGGACCCAGAAAAUUACUAUACCAAUAACAAUUGUAGUAUCAGGGAUUGCAAAAAUGUUUGUUGGUGAAGUUGUGGAAACAGCUAGAAUAGUUAUCAAAGAGAGGAAGGAAUCUGGACCAAUCCGGCCUUGUCAUCUGAGAGAAGCAUAUAGACGACUAAAGCUUGAAGGGAAAGUCUUUAAGAGAUCAGUCCCUAGGCUUUUCCGGUAAAUGGACCACAUCUGAAUUUUGUGGACAAUAUCACUGGUUUGCAACAGUGGCUUGCAGGUAGAAAAAGAUUAUGUGUUAAUACCUUCAUAUUACUUCAUAUUGAUGGCUUGCAGGUAGGAAAAGAUCGUGUUAAUACCUUCAUAUUACUUCAUAUUGAUAUCCAGUUAUUAGAAUGAUUGUAGCAUCCAGCUAGGUCCUGUGUUUUCUGGGUCUCCCCCUUCCCUUUGAUAAAAAAAAGAAUGAGUAGUGUUAGUAGGUAUGUAAAAUGGGAAACAUUUGCCCCCAUUUCUAUAAAUAUGAAAUAUGCAAUGGACACAAUUAUUGGA